GUGCUUCGCAUCAGCUCAGCGCUGUUUACAGGCGCUCGGGAGCGGAGGAUGUGGACCCGGUAACGAAAGAAACACACGGAACCAAUGCAGAAACGCUGUGCAGCGUGCUCUUCUAUUCCGGUUUAUCGCGGGAUUCCUCAGUACGUGUGAUAUAUAAAUCGUUCGUCCUGUGUCCGACUUUGGAGUGGCUCUCUCAUGGGUUGUUUAUGGUAAAGGCACGAGCUCACUCUUGGCUUCAUAAGAGAGGUGCGGACAGAAAUGCCCACCGAGGGCAAACGUAAAGUACGGACCUACAGUCUUAAAUACACGUAGAUCUUCUGUUGGUUUGGACCGGAUGGGAUAGCCUUCAUUGCCCUCAUGCAUCGAUGAGCCUUGGGCGCCCAGCUGGUUUGUGGUUUGUCCCUCCUCGGUCCACUCUCGAUAGGUACUCACCACUGAUGACCGGGAGCCUUGCCGUUUUAUAGAUGCUCUGACCCAGUCGUCUGGCCAUAACAAUUUGGCCCUUGUCAAAGUCGCUCAGGUCCUGCUGUUUGCAUCACUAACCUCAUGGAGAGAGAACAAAGUUUUGCAAGCAUACAUUAGCAGUUUUACGCUGGAAGUCAAAAGUAACAAUAAACGAUAUCUUGGCAUUUAAGUACUGGCUAGCCAUAAGGACACAAAAGCAGCGUGCAUUGGUUGCCAGUUAUAAGCAGGUUAACACCAGCAGCUAGCCAUCAGAGAUUUGUAAGUAGUGCUAACCACUAGCAUUAGGUGGUUAGUGUGUGGCAUUUAUUAGCCUUUCUAAGGGUGUUUUGAGUAUAGAAGACGCGAAUGGGACACGCCAGCCUUCUCAGGUGGCCUGAAUGGGAGAAGGAGUGAGCAUGGACAACCUUUUGGAGUUUGGAGGCCUUUGUCCAUCCAGCCGGAGGGAAUGGGACACGAGCAGCUGUGUGGAUGAUUUAAUGGACGAAGAUGAGAAGGACAGAGCAAAAAGGGCGUCCCGUAAUAAAUCAGAGAAGAAGAGGCGAGACCAGUUCAAUGUCCUUAUUAAAGAGCUGUGUACUAUGCUGCAGGGUCAGGGUCAUCCCCGCAAGAUGGACAAAUCCACCAUCCUGCAGAGGACCAUUGACUUCUUGCAGCAACAGAAAGAGAUCACAGCGCAAACGGAAUCUUGUGAGGUCCGGCAGGACUGGAAGCCUUCUUUCCUCAGCAACGAGGAAUUCACCCAGUUAAUGCUGGAGGCAUUGGAUGGAUUCCUAAUAGCUCUUACCACAGAUGGGAACAUCAUAUAUGUAUCUGACAGUGUGUCCUCUCUCAUUGGCCAUCUGCCGUCAGAUAUGGUGGACCAGAACAUUUUGAACUUCCUGCCGGAGCGAGAGCAUGGAGAGGUGUAUAAACUACUGUCGUCACACAUGCUCUUGACGGAGUCUUCUGCUGUUGACCUGCUCAACACCAAUGAGACGCACAUCGAGUUCUGCUGUCAUUUAGCGAGGGGGAACAUUGACCCAAAAGAACCACCCACAUACGAAUAUGUUAAAUUCGUUGGAGAUUUCAAGUUUCAUAACAAUGUGACUCUGUCCUCAUGUAACGGUUAUGAGCUGGCAUUCCCGCGCACGCUGCAAUCCUCACUGGAGGAGCAGAUCUCUCUUGUAGCCACAGUGAGACUCGUGACCCCCCAAUUCCUGAAGGAUCUGUGUAACGUUGAGGACGUUUGUGAUGAAUUCACAUCAAGACACAGUCUGGAAUGGAAAUUUCUCUUCUUGGAUCACAGGGCAUCUCCUAUUAUUGGAUACCUGCCAUUUGAGGUUUUGGGAACGUCAGGUUACGAUUACUACCAUGUGGAUGACCUGGAGCUGAUCGCUCAGUGUCAUAAACAAUUGAUGCAGUUUGGGAAAGGAAAAUCCUGUUACUAUCGGUUCCUGACUAAAGGACAGCAGUGGAUCUGGCUGCAGACACAUUAUUACAUUACAUACCACCAGUGGAACUCCAAACCAGAGUUUAUCGUCUGUACACACAGUGUGGUCAGUUAUGCUAAAGUCCGAGCGGAGAGAAGGAGAGAGGUUGGAUUGGAGGAAAGCUCGUCUGAAAUGGCCACAUCCUCAAUCAAGGGGCAGGAGGUGUUUUUGGACAUGUGUCCUCCUUUAGAUACUCCACUGGACAGAAUCAGCAGCACACGAUCAGUGUCCUCACAAAGCUCUAGAAAAUCAUCACACACAGCAAUGUCUGACUCUGAAUCGAACUCAUCAGUGAUGUACACAGAAGUGUGCACGUCAUCACGGCAAUCUGCUUCCAUUGGUCCAGAGAAUAGUUCCAGCAGAAUGCCACACAGCAGAUCAAAGACCCUGAUUCAGAGGCAGAGCUCCUCUGAGCCCACGCCAGUCUCCUCCUCCUGCAGUCAACAUUCCACCACCAUGACACAAGCUCUGUACGGAUUCCAGCAGCCUCAGUUAGGUGUUAUGCAUCAACUGAAGGAACAGCUGGAAGAGCGAACACGCAUUCUACAGGCAGACAUCAAAACACAACAACAAGAGCUGCACGACAUCAAAGAGAAACUACAGCUCGCAAACAUACAGAUGUUACUCCAGCAACCAGUACAGGGAGAGUUCACCAGUUCCAGUCCACAGCAGCAGGGUCCAGGCAGGCCGACCCAAAACAGCACACAUCCAAAACCCCAGCACUGUGUCUCACAUUCAUCACACACACUGCUCCGAGAACAGCCCAGUAGCUCAUCUGCUCAGGGCCAGCAGAGACUGGUUCAGAGUGGACACAUGCAGGUCGUCAGUGUUCCAAUGCAGACACACACCAGUAUCACCACACCCUUCUACAGCAACCCAAUGAUGUUCUCUCCCAACCACGGACACCGUAGCCAACAAGACACACACUGCCAAAGAAACAUACACACUGACUACAGUCAGGAUGGACAGCUACGGAUGCUGCUAAACCAGCCAAUGCAGACACUUGUACCAGAUAGCAGUGGGGGAGCUCAGUCUUCCCAGUGCAGCUCAACUAUUCAACAAACCAAAUAUCCUCUGGAGCAGCAGAUGAUGGCUCCCUCGUUCCCUGUGCAGCAGAUGAAUUGUAACGCUGUGCUUGUCCCCUCCCCUGUCUUCACCUCACCAAUCAUGUUCCCCCAUAACAGUUUCAUCACCCAUCAGGCCACGGCCACCUACACGGCUCACCCGUCGGCUGCCCCACACAGCUUACCACUACAACAGCCUCAGCAGUUCUUUCAGAUGCAGCCUCAGGGUCUGAUUCACAGCGGUCCCACUCAGGCCAUAUUUCACACCCCUAACAUACCACAGCAAAGCACUGUGGGAUACAUACAACCACAACAGCAGCAGCAGCCACAACAGCAGCAGCAGCAGCAGCACCAUCACACCCAGUCCGGCAGCCUGUCGGACUAUAGAAACAUGCUUCCACGAUAGCCCCACUCCCAGGGGGAAGCCAUGAGAUUGCCGGGAUAGCAUGUUGAGCGGUUAACUCUCUAGCUUGAAGGGACUCUCUUGACUCAGGGGAAGGCUCGCUCCCGAGCCAAACCAAAUCGAGAAAGCCAAAGUCUCUCAAAGUUCCCAUGACAACACACAAUGGUGAGAACGCCACGAGCCCCAAGGCUCCGCCUAGCCCUGACUGCUUGUAGAAGAUGCUGCGGUGUGUGGGAGAAGCUCACAGUGGCGUGACCCAUCUGGUACUCAUUGAGCGAGGGGUCACAGAGAAGCCCUGAACAGUCAAGCAGAUGCUCCGAUUCAAAUAUAAAAGACAGAAUGCUACAGAUGAUUCUAAUUAGUGGAUUGGAAAACUUGAGCUGCGGUUUUUUGGCACUGUAAUGUUACAGAUAGUUUGUUUUGUCUGGACCUUUCUUACACUAACUCAGCAAAAUCAACCAAUCAAGAAAUGCUUAGAGCAUAAAUGGAUGCAGAGUCCAGUAACAGAACUGUCGCGAGUGCUGAACACAUACAAAAACGGCCCCACCUCACAUGAGGUGAAAUACAGUAUACACAAUGCAUCAUCAUAACCAUGAACACACAUGAACAUUUCAUACAUCAAGAAUGGUUCAUCUGCAGGGCUCUCACUCCAUAGGUUCUCUCUAUGUGUGGUUGUUUAAGAGGAAAGGAGUUGGACACAAUUCAGCUAAGACCCAAAUAUAUUUUGAAAACAGAAAGCCAUCAGAUUCUGUCCCCUCCCAGAUAGAUAUAAUGAUAAAACUUGAAUCAAGUUGUAUAUUUCAAAUAUUUAAGAACAAUCUGAAAGUUCAUACCAGGAUAAAAAUAAAAACAACAACAACAACAACAACAACAACAAAACAAAACUACUAUUGAGUUUGAAUCAUCCCUGUUACUCUUUGUUUCUGGACCUACUAUACAUACUGUUCCUUCACCUACUGAGUUCUGUAUCAUUAAGAACAAACAUUUUGUUAGUAAAUCCUUAGAGUUUCCAUAUUUAGGCUGGUGUCUAGACAUUACUCUUCAUCAUUUUCAGGUAAAGCAUGAUGACUUCCCUGAUUGAAAGGUUCUCCUUUGUUAGUUUAGGUUGUUUCAGACAUACAUUUGUUAUCCAAUUGGUCCCAUGUCCAGACAGUAAAACUGCAUUGAUUUGAUGUCAAUUUCAGGACAGCAUAGGUAUUUAUUAUGUCCCAAUUCAUAUGUGGGAAGUUCUUAUUCAGUAUUACACAGGGAAGAGGCUUUGUCUAAUGUAUGCUUUAUAGCAGAGGGUCUGUGAGACAUUGUUUAAAGGGAUAGUUCACCCAAAAAUUAAAAUCCUCUCAUCAUUUACUCACGCUCAUGCCAUCUAGGAUGUGCAUGACUUUCUUUCCUCUGCAUAACACAAUGAUUUUUUGAAAAAUAUUUCAGCUCUGUUGGUCUGUUCAAUGCAAGUGAAUGGUGAUAAGGCCUUUGAAGCUCCGAAAAAAGGAGACGCAUACACAGAGUGCUAGAUGGAGCUACAGGAAGUGUAAUCGAGCUUGAAAUCAUGAUCGCCAAGGAGACUGCUGUCAAGAUUUACAGUGAAAAAGGAGUUACAUUUUGGUCUGUCUCACCCAAAACCGACUGGAUCGCUUCAGAAGACCUUGAUUAUAUAACUGGAGUCUGAUGGAAUACUUUUAUGCUGACUUUAUCUGGUUUUUGAGCUUCAAAGGCCAGAUCAGUAUUCACAUGCAUUGUAUGGACCUACAGAGCUGAGAUAUUCUUCUAAAAAUCUUCAUUUGUGUUUUGCAGAAAAAAGAAAGUCAUACACAUCUUAGAUGGCAUGAGAGUAAUUAAAUGAUGAUAGAAUUUUCAUUUUUGGAUGAACUGUCCAUUUAAGGUGGUGUGACAUUAAGUGCCACAGUGAUUGUGUGUAUGUGUCCUGAAGACAAUCAUAAUGUGAUGACUUUAAAGAGAGCUGCAGAAAUGGAAAUGUUCUCACACUUGGGCUCAGUGUUUCACAAAAAAAAAAAAAAAAGAAACAAACAAAAAAAAAAGUCACAUUUAAUCUAAACAUAUAAUGCACUUAUUGUCUCGUCACAUUUUCAUUUCAUUUUUUUUUAAAGUAACUUUAUUAUCAGGAGUUGAUGCGGACAUCUACGUGUCAGGCUUGACAAGGGUCAAAAUAUUUACUCCCUUAUUUUUGAGGAUUCAAAAUCAAGUUUAUUGCAGUGUUGUUAUGCAAUGUUGUGAUGCUCUCAGACACAUCCACAUCCCAAAAAAAAAAAAAAAAAAUCUGACAAUCCAAAAUCACAGAAUUAUUUUCUUCUUUGUGGGAACUUUAAGCUGCUCUUUCUUCUGUCCUGUCACACCUUGCACAUUUAAAGACUGGUGCUGAUUAUUUUAUUUUUGUAAAACAAAGACAACUCUGUUAAAGAAAGUCUAAAAUCAGUCUACUGACAGCUUCCAUUAUGUGCCCUUCUGCAUGUUGUGCAAUACGAUUCUAAAAACAAGAAUGUUUGUAAUUUAUUCUUAUCGAAGAGAUUUUUUUGUUUCUUGUCAGCAAGAGACACUUCAUAUUAGUAAAAGCCAAUGUGCUGUUUAAAUGAAAAUGGAAAGUAUUUUUGUAUGAAAACAUCUUCAACAUUCCUUCGGUGAUGUACAGCAAUGUGUGAAACUCCCAGACACUCUCAGGUGUGACAUUUUUACCCAGGUGUAAAAGCUAGCAAAAGUUUCUUGCAAGUAUCUAAACUCUGUGGUUAUUUUUGAUCAAAUUACACUGGAAGGAAGCACUCCAGACCAUAUUUUUGAAUUUACAAACCAUACGAGUAUAAAAUUUCCCAUUAAUAUGGAUAAGAACCCAUUGAUAUCCCACUGUCAUUUAUAAUGUACUUAGCAGAGUUUAAAGCCCUCUUGACUUCCUGCUAAUCCUCAUCUCAGCGUUUAGUGCUGCCUCCCUGGAGUGACACUAGGAAUGAUAAGGAAGAUGUUCGGUGUGGUUGGAGUGUGUUUGUGUUUCAGAUGCUGGUAUUUUUUUAAUAACCGAAGAAGCUCCAGCAAUCGUAUGUUAACAUGGCUUAGUCAAUGAUGGGUCUAAAGAGAACUGCAACGGUUUAGACACAAACACACCCUUGGUGGCAAAGGCUCACGUGCCUGGGUGUUCUGCAACAGUGCCUGCUGUUUUUUUUACCUUCUGCUUUCGUGAGAUUAUCUUCAGGUCUUGCAAAUGUUCUUUGUGAUUUCUAGACAUGAGAGAAACUAGUUUAAGUAAAAUUUUACUGUACAUUUUUGGUCAGGCUUGCGAACAUUCAUUUAAAAUGGGCAGGACAAAGAAAUCCAAAGGUUGUGACUCAACCGGUCUGAUGUAUUCAGUCCUCAUUGUGUUCAGUUGUUUUAGAGAAACAUCUCUGUGCAUUUUCCCUCAAACAAAACCAGCUGCUUCCUCCUUAGUUUAACAGCCAUUUUUGGUAUUUUCAUGAGAUAUUUUCCCAGUCAGGCUCAAAUAUGUAGUCUCAAAUGUUUCUUGAGUUAAAGGUUUUAUGGUUUUGCAGACAUUCAUGUGUUUGCUGUGUUGAUUGCACAUGCGGAUGUUGUUGUCUUUGCGUUUAUUGAUUGGGCUGUGAGUAGAGAUGAAAACCAUUCUGUCUACUUUUUUUUUUUUUUCUCUCUCUCUCUCUCUCUCUCUCUUUGUCCUGUGAGACUCUGAUCUGGUUGUGGAGACUGCACUUUAUUCUUUUCCCUUUCUUUCUGUCUUGUGAUUUGUCUGAUUCCUCUCUCUGGCCUUGAUUUCUCCCACAAAGUGUCUGUUCUUAUGAGGCUUUAGGCCUAAAAGUUUUGUGUGAGUGUGUGUGUGUGUGUGUGUGUGUGUGUGUGUGUGUGUGUGUGUGUGUGUGUGUGUGUGUGUGUAAACAGGUGAAAACACUCUCGUCCUGGGUGGCGAAGGGCAUCAAUGCAUUUAAUGUUCUACCAGGUGAGGAGAAGAGAUGGAAAAUGAUACCUGGUAUAAACAGCCAUCUCUGCUGAUACUCUGCAGAAAACACAUAGAAGAUAUUGUAAUAUAAGACGUAAAAACAAAAUGUUUAGAAAAAUAUAGUUGUUUAUUUUAUAAGAUGUCAAAUAGAUUGAAAUACAUUUAUAUACAGUGUAUGAUUUGAAAGUAAAAACAGAGGUAUUUUGUAACAGAUUAAUUAUUGAAGUGUCUUACCUGAGGGGGAGGUAAAGGCUUUUUGUUCUUCAGUUCAGCGAGUUGGUGUUGCACAGUCAAUGAUGUAUGGCUUGUUUUUCCCCCUUUUCUUCUGUGUACAUAUACCAUUACAACAAGCUUUAACAUAUUGUUAAUAUUGUUUUAAAAGAAAUUAUUAAUAAAAAAGUUUACAUUCAGUCUGGAUAUCUGUUUUAGUGAAGCUAAAGUAUAUCUAAUCAAAUCUGGAAAAGGUGAUAUGAAUAAAUGUUUUUAAUGACCCCAUAAAAUAAAAAGUUUUGUGGCUUUUCA